GAUGUGGUAGAAAAAAACAGUAACUAUGACUGGUCAAAAUUUUUACAGAAUGGAAUGAUGCUGAAAUUAAGUGGCACUACUUAUUUGAAGUUGAGCUGCAGCAAAAUAAAGAUUCUUUUUCAUCAAAGAGGCAAAUAAAAUGUUCAAGUAUAGCCGGAAACUUUCACUGCCACUAAAUGAAGACGAUUUGCCGUUUCCUCAGGCUGUCAUUCAGCCUCGGACGCAGAUGGUCAAAUGUCUUCUCUCCUUGAAAGCAGCUUCGAAAGAUAGUAACGGUGAAGAUGAGGCUAGAUGGGAAGAACGUUUUGCCUUGGCUCUCGUGAAAAAUCUAAAUUCGAGAAGUUUUGAUGAGUUAUUGAAAGCACUCGCAUCACGGGGUACCCAACCAACGAAAUGCGUUUUUAUCAAAAGGCCCUCUAUGGACGGCAGAAUGCAAAUAGGGGCCCGCAAAGUGGUGCCCCAUGUAGCUGUUUUUAAAUUGUGGCGCAACCCCAGUGUCAGACAAGCCACCCAACUCCUCGCAUGUCAUCCAGCAACGUCAGCUGGAGCCCAGACUCCUGCUACGAACAGUGGUGCUAGCGGUGGUUCGUCUUCGUCUGCAUCAUCUUCCACAGCAUCAUCAUCUUACAAUUAUAAGAGCAAUUCUCUGACCCACAUGCAAGAGUACACGUGCAUUAACCCAUACCACUACCAGCUCACGUUUCCGCUAGAAAUCACAUCAAAAAAGCCAAUAGUAGAGGACAUAUCGCGUAUAAAAGAGAAAGGUGGGGAGCAGCGUGAACACGAUGGAAUUCACGUGAACGGAUCUCUAACGAGUCAGAACUCAGUGGAGUUUUGUAUGUCAGAUGAUGACGAUGCAGUGGACUUGGAUCGCAAUAUCAAUUUGACCAAAGUUACUUCUAGUAAUUCCAGCCACUCAGCAACUAGAAACUCAAAUUGUGACUCUUUACCCCCGUUAGUUUUGAAUACAUCAUCAGAGAAGUUUACGCCAAUUUUAUCGUCACUUCUCGAAACUACGCCCACGCAGUCUUCUGUUCCGAGGAGCCAAGACGUCAGCAAGGUUUCCCCGGAAUCGCCCCAGACUUUCGUUGAUCUCUCGACCGGGUCUUUUUCUGAACGCGGCAAUUGUUCACAUAACUCGACAUCAGAAAGCGCACAUUUUUCACUCAUUGAAACGUCAUCGGGAAAUAGCAGUAGACGCGACUCAAUCAGUUUUUUUACAGAAGUGAAAUUGGACCCGAACGAAUUCAGCGAAACUCUCUCGAUCGGCAGAAAUUCGAGAAAAGGGUCUCAAGAAUCCGGUCCAGCCAGCAUGACUAUUACGUCAUCUUAUCCUUCCCAAUCGGCCUAUGCCUUGAAUGGACAGAUUGUUCACGCCCAUUCCACUUCGCACUUGUACGACAACGUGACAUCAAUGUACAAUUUUGAUUCGUCUCAAGUGGCGUCGGGGCAGACGUUGCGGCAGUUCGGAAGUGUGCCGAUGAUUGUUCCGACUGCUGUAGGUGGCGCAGGAAUCCCGUCUCCCGAACGCAAUCAAGGUGGCGGCGGCGUCAUCUUACACCAAACUAGCACAGGGAACAUGGCAUCGGGAGAAGUCACUUCAUCACAGCACCACCAAUUGGCAUCUAGCAAUAACUAUGGCGGCGUGUUCUAUGACCUCACCUCUCCCCUUUUAGCCCCGCACCAACACCAUCAGCCACAUAACAGAUCGACUUCAAGGGACCAACAGUCGAAUUCGUCCUCCGCGCAACACGCAAUGAAUUUUCACAUGCCAGAGACCGCGGUAGGCAUCGGUGGGGACUAUCCGACGGCUUCUGGAGUUGAUGUUGCAUCAUCACUGAUAUCUUCUCCGCACAGCAUGGGGAGUGGAGCUGGCGGAGUUGUUCGGACUCAACAACAGCACAACAUCUCACAUCAUCAAGAACUCCAUCAGCAGCAGCAGUCCUCUCACUCGCCGACUCUCUCCUCAUCUUCCUCCUUCGUCCCCAGUCAGAGUUCCCCGCCCGACUGCGAGUUCAUGGAGUACGAGGACCACACACCCAUGUUUUCAAACGACACUGAGAAUCAAUACUCAGAGAUAGUGGCAAUAUCCUCAAACAUGCACACAACGCAACAACAGCACUGUGCAAGUAUAGCAAACAAAAGAAAACUUAGUUUUAACCACCCUAACAACCACACCUCUUCCCCCGACCACCACACGCAACCUCCUCAGCACAAACUCAUCGUACCCUCCCGACCGACGACCUCAGCGCCUGGAGUGGCGAACAAUGAACACUACCAAGCACACGCACAAAUUAACUCAGCUUCACUAAAUGCACCUCAAAUGAACGCACCCACAUCCCAAUCGGGGUAUGGGCUCCAGAAUUCUGCGAGUAGCACGCAUAACAGCUCCACGCCUAAUCUUCCUUUAUCAGCUUCGAACCUCAACUCAAACUCGAAUAUCAACGAACAAAGCAACUUGGACAAUAUGCUGAUGCAGUCGCCGAGAGCAAACUUGCGAUUGGGAGUUCCCGUGCGGUAUGCGGAGCCGCUGUUUUGGUGUCAGAUCCGUUACUACGAGUUCAGCCAGCAGAUUGGUGAAGUGUGUCUAGUUAGGCCGAAUCAGUUUUCAGUAGACGGUGGCACGGAUCCCUCGUCUGGCGAAAGGUUCUGUCUGGGAUCCUUGUCGAAUGUGAACCGACAGGAAAUAGUUGAGAGGACACGAAAUGGGAUCGGAAAAGGUCUGCAUCUGUAUCGGACGAAGAACUACGAGAUACAUGCGAGAUGUCUGGGGGAUAGUCCACUGUUUGUGCAGAGUCAGUGCUGCAACUUGAGGUACAACUGGGACCCAGGCACUGUGUGUAAGAUCCCGCCUGACUUCAACCUCAAAGUGUUCACGAUGGAAGAGUUCCAGGACCAUCUGAGUACCCAACUGCGCACCAACAGUAGUUACAAGUCCGUCAUGGAUCUGACUUCGCUAUGCAGCAUACGGAUAAGCUUUAUUAAAGGUUGGGGUCAGGAAUACACCAGAAAGAGGAUUACAGACGUUCCGUGUUGGAUCGAAAUAUUGCUGAAUGGACCCUCGCAGUGGCUAGACAGAGUUCUGCAGCGAAUCAACCCGUCGUCAGAGCCAUGCGACAGUCGAUGACCUUCCUCGUGUAACAUUUCCUCUUGAGAAAUUACAAGAAGCGAAAUAAGUCCAACACGAAAAAUAAAAGCAAAACAAAUCAAAAAUUGGAGCUGUGGACAGGAUGAAUGACUGACGAUUUGAGUUUGAUUUGCAAAAAAUUAAGAAAAGACUUAUUUUCUCAUCAAAGCUUUCUUUAUCCUUUUCUAUGAAACGAAGUUAUGUUAAGUCGCUGAGCGACUUCGUUUUAGUUUAGUAUUCUAUGUGAGUUAUUGCCAGUUCUAAGCUCAAAGCAUUUGUAGUAUGUAACAUGUUACAAUUCUAUUGAGCUCUUACGAAUGGAAAAUCGUUGUCAUUUUUAUGGAUUUGUAUUUAAGUUGAUAUAUAAAUGUGCUUAAUUAUUUACUUUAAAGUCAGUGUUUUGAUAUACCAAAUUAUUGAUAUUUCAAUUUCUAAUGCUUUUGAAGAAGCAUGAUAUAUUGUUUCAACAUUGUAUGGCUUGGUUGAAUUACAUUGAAAUGUA